ACCGAACUUUCUACUCCUACACCCCGCACUAUGCGCAAGGUUACACUCAUUAGCAUAUUCUCGGUCCUGCUACUCUACGCCGUGGAAGGAGGUCUAUUCCUCGUUGCCUAUGGUACGAAUACAAAGUCCAACAUCCUCACCAGUCUCGGUGAUAGAUUGAAUGAAGGCGACUUGGUGGUCGCUCUAGCAUUUCUGAUGACGGCAGUGACGGUCGUGAGUUCAUUUCCUCUGAAUAUCUACCCUGUAAGAAUCACCAUUUUACACUCCCUACGACCAGAGAGGAAUAAGACUGUGAUUGGUAUGGUUGUUUCUACUCUAACUGUCGUCUUAGCUCUCUGUGUUGCUAUUAUUUUACCCGAUGUCAACGUUAUUCUGGGCGUGGUUGGAGCUAUGGCCGGCUCAGUGAUAUGCUUUCUAACUCCGGCAGCACUGAAUAUGAAACUCGACAGGGGAGAUGUUUUUGUUAGAGACAGAAUAUAUUAUUGCUUUAUGAUCACUAUAGGACUUGUGGCCUUUUUAAUGGGGACGUGUAUAGCGAUUUUGGACGCUCUCAAGUUCUAUAGACAGCGCACUCUCUAAUGCAAGAAAUAAAGACGUACUCAACGGCAUCGACUUUGUCUUGUUCUUCUGGUAGAUUGAACCGAUUCAUCGUUUACGAUAAUCGUUUGGGGAAAUUGUUCCCAAAUUUUACCCCAUCUAUCUUUGAUAGAGCAAAACGGUGGGUUUCGAGUUUUUAGUUUCUGUUGGCGAAGAGGAUCGAUCGCACCAGUUGAGUUUCCGUUGAUUUUUUGGUUUAUGUCAUUGGACACACC